AUGUCUGCGCCUCCACCUUGGCUAUUCUCCAACAACUUCACAAAAACCAAUAACGCAAGCACCCCUACGGCUUCCGCGACAACGCAAACAGACAAAAUGGGCAAGGUUAAGAAGUCCGAGAAGAAGGUCAAGGCUGAGGCCACCUCCACCAAGCAGGCUCCUCCCGCCCAAUUGAUGGACCUCGUCGACUCCUUCCUCUCCGAGAACGCCUUCACCUCCGCCCACGAGGCCUUCCAGAAACAGCGCGCCAAGAGCGGCUGGAAGCCUUCCAAGAAGGAGGCGGCCCAGACCAGCCUCGUCACCGUCUUCCAGACCUGGCAGACUUCUUCCACCGCUCCCACCACUAGCGAGAGCUCUAGCGACAGCAGCUCAAGCGAGGAUGUGGACAUGGCCGAUGCGGCUGCUGCCGCUGACAGCGACAGCGAUAGCAGCUCCAGCUCCAGCUCCAGCUCCGAUUCCGACUCCAGCAGCGACAGCGAGAGCGAGGAUGAGAAACCCAAGCCCGAGGCCAAGCAGAGCCUGAAGCGCAAGGCGCCCGAGUCCGACAGCAGCAGCAGUGAUAGCAGCAGCAGCAGCGACAGCGACUCCUCCUCAGACGACUCCAGCUCUGAAGACGAGGCCCCCAAGGCCAAGAAGCAGAGGGUCAAGAAGGACGACAGCAGCUCCUCCUCCGACUCCUCAUCCGAUUCCAGCUCGGACAGCUCCAGCGAAUCUGACUCCUCCUCCUCCGACUCAGACUCUUCCGACAGCGACAGCGACUCUGACUCCGACUCUGAUGGCUCUGAGGCCGCAAAGGUGCCUCUUCCCGAAUCCGGCUCCGAUUCCGACUCCUCUUCUUCCUCUUCCGAUUCGGACUCCGACUCAGACGCAGACACCAAGAAGAAGGCCAAGAAGGAAAAGGCACCCGCCGACAGCGCCUCCCUCUCCUCCGCAACCCUCGAGAAGACUUCCCCCGAGCUCAAGCCCGCGACCUCCACGGCCGCUGACCCGCCUCUGCCCCCCGACCCCAUGACCUACCGCGCCAACAACCGCGGCGGCAAGAAGGAGAAGAAGGAGCCCAACAAGCCCUUCUCCCGCAUCCCCGACGUCGUCUACGUCGACCCCCGCUUCGCCAGCAACGAGUACGUGCCCAACGACUACUCGCAGCGCGCCCACGAGGACCUCAUCGUUACCAAGGGCAAGGGCUUCACCAAGGAGAAGAACAAGAAGAAGCGCGGCGCCUACCGCGGCGGCUUGAUUGACAUUUCUAGCAAGAAGGGCAUCAAGUUCGACUAA